UGACAAAGAGCAUGAAGCGACCUAUUUGUCGGUAUUUUCUGCGGCCUCGGCUGCGGGCUUUACGGGGGAUUUCACACCGAGCAGGGGGGCCGGGAUGAAGCGAGAGGCGGAUGUCAGCCUGCUCUCUGACGGGUUUCCUUUUGUGGAGAAGAAUUAAAGCUCGGUCCGACGGAAAUGAGUUCAAAGGUCACACACUGAGCCAGUGGUGGACCAGCAGCGAGCCAAUCAACAGACAGAGGACGAGCCUCAGCAUCAAGAUGAGCCAAGACGCUUCAGAGACACGAACACGAACCCGCUCCAAAGGCAUCCGGGUGUCGGCAGAACUUGCGGGACAAGAGAUGAAGCAGGAGUUAAGCAGCAGCUGUCCCACACCUGGAUGUGACGGCAAAGGCCACGUCAGUGGAAGAUACUCGCGACACCGAAGCGUGCUGGGAUGCCCGAUUGUGAAGAAAAGGAAGCUGGAGGAGGCCGAGGCCGAGGAGAACCAGUCUGCUCCCAAGAGGAGGAACCAGCCUGCCAAACAGGCAGCCAAUGAAGGCUUCGCUGCAGACAGUGACGCAGCAGAGGAGGAGGAGGAGCAGAAAGAGGAGGAAGAGGAGGAGGAAGAAGACCUCAAAGAGAAGAAGAAAAACAAAACAAAAAGCAGGCCAGAGUCGACAAAAGCAGACGGCUCGCCGCUGAUAACAGAGGACGCAGAAACAGCAGUUUGUCCUCCGGCUGAAGACGGCAAGAACGAAAGUGUCACCUCAGAGACUGAGAACGAAACUGAAAGUGAGGAAACAAGUGAGGAAGUGAAGCUGGAAACACUCACUGAUGAUCAUCAGCAGGAGGAAACAGGGGCGGAGGAGGAGGAGGAGGAGGAGGAGGAAGGCCCGCUGGUGACGAAGGACCAGCCAUCAGAGCAACCUGAAGAAGAAACGGGGGUUACUGAGCUUGAAGAGACAAAAGAAGAGGAGGAAGAGGAAGCAGAAAAGGAAGAGGAAGAGGAAAAGCAAGAGGAUAUUGUAGAAGAGAGGGAGGUAGAAAGACAGAUGCUGAGCCAGGAAAACUCUGAUCACCAGUACUCCAGCGGAGAUUACAACCAUCAGGCCAAAGAAUCAACUGAGGAGCAGAGUAAGAGGGAGGAACGGGAGGGGGAGGAGGAGGAGGAGGAGGAGGAGGAGGAGGAGGAGGAGGAGGAGGAUGAGGAGGAGGAGGAGGAGGAGGAGGAGGAGGGAGAGGAGGGAGAGGAGAGGGAGGUCCACCAAGAGGUGGACACUCCUUACACUUUGAGUCCACACACUCAGGGAUCUGAAGCCGAGGUGUCACUCAGGGAAGAAAAGGUCAGCACCCCCAUGACUGAGGAAGAGGGGGAGGACGAAGAACAGGAGGAGGAGAGAGAGGAAGAGGAGGAUGAGAGGCAGGGGAAGGAAGCAGGCGAGGUGGUGGAGGAGGAAGAGGAGGACCGCGAGUCCAGCAAAGCCUCUCCGACCACAGUAGUUAUAGAAGUCCGCUCUGAAGAGGAUGAUGACGAGGAUGAUGAUGAGGAAGAGGAAGACGAGGAAGAAGAGGAGGAAGAGGAAGGAGAGGAGCAGGAUCGUGUCUCAGAGGGCUCAGGAAUCACGGACGACUCAGAGAACUGGGAUAUGACUCGGGGGAACCUGGGGCUGCUGGAGCAGGCCAUCGCCCUGAAGGCGGAGGAGGUGAAGGGGGGUCAGGAGGCCCGGAGCUCCCCGGACUACCAUCCGUACAGCUCCUCCAGCCGGAGCUCCGAGCCUGCCGCUGCCGCUGCCGCUGCCCGCCGCACCGCUCACUACAGCAAAGAGAAGAAGGAAGUGAAGUGUCCGACCCCAGGGUGUGAUGGGACAGGUCAUGUGACCGGGCUGUACCCUCACCAUCGCAGUCUGUCUGGAUGUCCCCACAAAGACAGAAUCCCUCCAGAGAUUCUGGCCAUGCAUGAGAACGUCCUGAAGUGUCCGACUCCUGGCUGCACAGGCCAAGGCCACGUCAACAGUAACCGCAACACACACCGCAGUCUGUCCGGCUGCCCCAUCGCAGCUGCAGCUAAGCUGAACAAGACCCAGGACAAGCAGGUUCAUUUACAGGCUUCAUCCAGCGAAGCUUCUUCCAACUCUGACAGAGUGCUCAGGCCCAUGUGUUUUGUGAAACAGCUGGAGAUCCCUCAGUAUGGCAGCUACCGGCCCAACACCGUGACCACCACGCCUCGAGCUAACCUGGCCAAGGAGCUGGAGAAAUACUCCAAGGUGUCUUUUGACUAUGCAAGCUUUGAUGUCCAGGUGUUUGGAAAGCGCAUGCUCAUUCCAAAGACACCCAGCAGCACUGAAACAUCACCCAAAGCCUUCAAACCUAAAUCCUUCCCCAAGGCCUCCUCCCCCAGUCACAGUGCGUCCGCAGGCUUUUCUAAGAGCGCCUCGUCCUCCACUGGUUAUGACUAUAGCCAAGAUGCAGAGGCAGCCCACAUGGCAGCAACAGCCAUCCUCAACCUGUCCACCCGCUGCUGGGAGAGACCAGAGACCCUCAGCUCCAAGCCCAGGGACCCCUGCACCAAGGAGUCGGACAUUGAAGUCGACGAGAACGGCACCUUGGACCUCAGCAUGAAAAAGACCAAGAGGGAGGGCAUGCAGCCGCCAGAGCCUUCAUCCUCCUCGUCUUCGUCCUCUCAACACAUCGGGGCCACCUUGUCUCAGGGCCACACUCAGCCAGAGUGGGAGGGGCCGCUGGACUUCACCAAUCCAGGUGGAGUCAAAGAAGAAGACCACGAAGAGGUGGAGUACACGGCUCCCUCAUACACCUCAUCUGAUGGUGAGGAAGAGGACCAGGAGAACCUGGAGGACAGGAAGUACCCCGGUGAGGUCACCACCAGCAGCUUCAAGGUCAAGUUUCAGCCCAAAGACAGCAAAAAAGAGGUUCUUGUGUGUCCCACCCCAGGCUGUGAUGGCAGCGGACACAUCACCGGCAACUACGCAUCACAUCGAAGUCUGUCAGGCUGUCCUCUUGCUGAUAAAUCACUUCGGACCCUCAUGGCUGCCCACACAGCUGAACUAAAGUGUCCGACUCCAGGUUGCGACGGAUCAGGCCACAUCACUGGAAACUACGCUUCACAUCGAAGUCUGUCCGGAUGUCCUCGAGCCAAGAAAGGUGGGGUCAAAUUAACCCCCACCAAGGAUGACAAGGAAGACUCUGAGCUGUUGAGGUGUCCAGUUCCUGGCUGUGACAGUCUGGGCCACAUCAGUGGGAAGUACGCCACCCACCGCAGUGCCUACGGCUGUCCGCUGGCAGCACGCCGGCAGAAGGAAGGUCUUCUUAACGGGACUCCGUUCUCCUGGAAGGCCUUCAAGACCGAGGGCCCGACCUGCCCGACGCCAGGCUGCGACGGCUCCGGACACGCUAACGGCAGUUUCCUGACACACCGCAGUCUGUCAGGUUGUCCCAGAGCGUCGGCCAAUAAGAAGAGAGCCAAGUUCCCCGGAGACGAGUACAUCACUGCAAAGUUCAGAGCCAGUGACGUUCUGGACAACGACGAGGACAUCAAGCAGCUCAACACUGAGAUCAACGAGCUGCACGAGUCCAACUCGGAGAUGGAGGCCGACAUGAUGAACCUGCACACUCAGAUCUCUUCAAUGGAGAAGAACCUGCAGAGCAUGGAGGAGGAGAACAAACAGAUCGAGGAGAGGAACGAGGCCUUGUUCCUGGAGCUCUCGGGCCUGAGUCAGGCCCUGAUCCGCAGCCUGGCCAACAUCCGCCUGCCCACCAUGCAGGAGCCGCUGUCAGAGCAGAACUUCGACAGCUACGUGGAAACCCUGACCCACAUGUUCACUAAUAAAGACUGCUACCAGAACCCAGAGAACCGGGCUCUGCUCGAGUCCAUCAACCAGGCGGUGAAGGGCAUCGAGGUGUGACGGACAGGGGGCGGCCAUCACAGUGACAACACCAAUGUUUCUUUCCAAACCCUUUAGAUACUGUAUGUAAUUAAUUCUUCUCAUUUGGAACUUUGUCAUCUGUUCUUUGCGUUUGUUUGCUGUUUGCAUGUUGCUUUACGACGAGCGUGGACAGAUUAGGGUGUGGAUACUGUGAGCACCCGAAGGUGUGACAGAGUGCAGUAUACAGCCCGAGCUGAGCAGAGUCUCUUAGUUAGUGAACAUAUCCCGUCUCCACUCAAUAAUGUUGAUAGUAUUCUAUAUGAGCAUUGUGAUGUUGCACCUCCAGGACUAGUUUGUAGAUUCAUUCUUAAUAUUGCUGUGUAACUAUUUAAGUCCUCUGCAAAUGUUGGUUUAAUAACAACUUAUUUAUUCAUGUCUGCUGUAUUAUUUUUUAUGUUGGCCUAUUUAUUAUCAUUAUCUAUUUAUUAAGUUUGUUUCUUAUUUCAAAAUGCUACCUGAAAAGAUUUUAAACAGUAACCAAGAGAAGGGAAUCAUUUCCUCUGCAUUGUUGAACAAAGAGGAAAUAUUUUAAGAUAUCAACUAUGAAUUGUUUUAUAUAGCUUAUUAUUUAUUUAAAAUACUGGGAUCUUUUUAAGUGCAAAUAUUUUGUAACUGAAAGUUUUUUAAUAAUUUUCUAAAGGUUUUUUUUUGGUGCUUCUGUUUAUAUGAUUUCCCUCUUUAUUUUCACAAACUAUUUUGAGUACAUUGCAAUACACUGGGAAUAUUGAGCUGCACAUAUUUGGUAUUUAUUUGGUGAUGAAGAACAAAGUGAUGGUGAAUAUUUAUUUUGUAUUGUCUAUGUGUUAAUGAUGGCUGUGUAUGGAUUAGUCUUUAAGUUGCUCUUGAAGUAAAGGUUAACCCGCAGUAAAUGUGGA